AUGGUGAAAUGUCAUAAAGAAGGAGAAGAAUGUCUGGCACAGAAAGAGUCAGAAAGAGAGGAAUAUUUUAGAAAGAGGGAAGAGGAAAAUAGGAAAUUUAAACAGGAAAUGUUAGAAUUACAGAAGGCUUGUGAUCUUAGAUAUAGUCAGAACAUUGAAAAAGUACAGACUGAGAUCAAUGACAUCUCUGGCACUGUACAAACACUAGAAGAAAAUUUUGCUGUAGUAAAAUCAACUCAAAAUGCUGUAGUUCAGCAGGUUUCGGAAUUGUCUGACAAAAUGAAUCAACUAGAGUUAAACACUAAACAAAAUUUGAUUUGUUUCUACUUGAUGAAUCUAAUCAAUGGGAAAAGGAAAUCCAAUACAGAAGAUAUUGAACAACUGAAAGAGGAAUUUUGCAUGAUUAAAAACAAAGUAAACAGCAAAAUACCUAAGGAUACGGAGAAUUCAAGUCGUUUUGGCUGCAUUCCGAAUGAUUGCAUCAAGGAUCAUAACCAAGAUGUAGGGGAAUUUUCUGUCAGAAAUCAACAUCGUGACACUAGUCUAGAGAAGAAAAGACAUCAUGAGUACAGAACUGUUGGAAUUGAUAGUGAUGAACACUCUUUACCUGAGUCUGAACCAUUCACUCAGAAUACUUUUUUGUCACCCAUUGAAAUUGAAAACAGCAUAUUUAAAAGUAGACAGUUUCCAACCGAACCUAUAUCCCACCGCGAAGUUAUUCAGAUCCAAAAAACCAGGCUUCCGAUUAACCUUUGUGAAAUGCUUGUUCAUGUCCCCAACAAUGAUUCUGAGCAAUUUCGGCCCACGAUUGAUUCGAUAGAUAUCAUUCAAGAGAAUUUCAGUCAGUUAAACGGCAGAAAUGUGCGUUACAACAACGGCAACAGACAUAAUAAUAGUAAUAACCACUCUCCGUCUAACGGCAGCAAUCAUCGGCAAUCAAAUAACAGAGAUUCACAAAGUAGACAGAACCUAAAUUACAACAAUCAAAACAACAGAAAUGCUUACAACCAGGAAUGGCUUCAACGGAUAGAAUCGAAAUCAGUCAUAUCAGUGGGUUCCAACAAAUUCUAUUGGAACCACCAGAUGAACCAAACCAAUAUAACGAACUUUCUGCGUCAAAACACUUCUGCAGUGAUUCCAUUAGGAAACGGUGCAGCUGAUGUUCGGAAUACAAUGUAUAACCCACAGAGUCACAAUGUCCAUGUCAUGGAUAUAGUAGAGGAGCCACGUCAUGAACCAAAUAAUGCAACAAACUAG